UGCAUUAAGAAUUUAUAUUGUCCAAACAUGACUGGACAACAACUUUUGUUUCUUGACCCUGUGGUAUGACAGUCUGCUAAUAUUGCCAGAAGGUGCAGUUUGGGGGUUACAGUUGUGAUUUUAGCUAUUCAAUCAUAUUAGCAGGAAAAAAAUGACUUGUUUCUGUUGUACUUGAGUCUUAAAGAAAAGUGCCCAUAGUUUAGUGACAAUUUCCAAAGGCUUUAGUACCACCUGUAUUUCAAAAUGGGGGACCCAAACUCCCGGAAGAAACAAGCUCUGAACAGACUACGUGCUCAGCUUAUAAAGAAAAAAGAAUCUCUAGCUGACCAGUUUGACUUCAAGAUGUAUAUUGCCUUUGUGUUCAAGGAGAAGAAGAAAAAGUCAGUACUCUUUGAAGUGUCUGAGGUUAUACCAGUCAUGACAAAUAAUUAUGAAGAAAAUAUUCUGAAAGGUGUACGAGAUUCCAGCUAUUCCUUGGAAAGUUCUAUAGAGCUUCUACAGAAGGAUGUGGUACAGCUCCAUGCUCCUCGAUACCAGUCUAUGAGAAGGGAUGUAAUUGGCUGUACUCAGGAGAUGGAUUUCAUUCUUUGGCCUCGGAAUGAUAUUGAGAAAAUUGUUUGUCUCCUGUUUUCUAGGUGGAAGGAAUCUGAUGAACCUUUUAGGCCUGUUCAGGCCAAAUUUGAAUUUCAUCACGGUGACUAUGAGAAACAGUUUCUGCAUGUACUGAGCCGCAAGGACAAGACAGGAAUUGUUGUCAACAAUCCUAACCAGUCAGUGUUUCUCUUCAUUGAGCAUUUGCAGACUCCAAAAAACAAAGCCACCAUCUUCAAGUUAUGCAGCAUCUGCCUCUACCUGCCACAGGAACAGCUCACUCACUGGGCAGUUGGCACCAUAGAGGAUCACCUCCGUCCUUAUAUGCCAGAGUAAAUAAGAGCAUUGACCAGCAAAAUGGAGAAGACCAGAGAAUGCAGCAGUGGUUUUCUUUUCUUGUUUUCUUACCACUUUUCUUUCAGAGUUUAAGGAAAAUGGACUCAUGCACAGAACACUAUGCAUUUUGAAACUUGUUCAUCCUGGAUUUAUUUUAAUCAUUUGUAUCACAGAACUUUAAAAAAAAAUCAGAUGUCUUCUGCACGGACUGUGAAGGAAGGUGCUUUGCAGAUUGCUGCACUGCAUCAGCAUCUUACUAAAAUGUGAAGGAAGGACUAUUGUACACUGAAAUGCUUAAUGUAUCUGAAAGCACAGGUGAUGCUCAGUGUUGUGGUCUUCAUGUUUGUGCUGGUUUUUGCCUCUGACAUCUGUCAUCAGUAUUGAGGGUGAGAGUGAAUGUAACAGGUAUAAAUAAGACUUAAAAACUUAAUAGCUUUGCUAUAAUCACCGUUGUUCCAGAGCACUGUCAGAUUCAUUCUAAUGACCAGAAUGGUUGUUACAAAAAGAAAUUACAACCAUGGGAAAGAAAUCUUAAUGAAAAAAGCAUCUCAUUGAGGUAUUUUUGCCUCAUGUGCACUGGACCAUGUUUGUUUUCUUGGUACUCAUUAGUACAUGUAUUUUUUCCCAGAUCUCUUUCCUCGAGUUGCUGUUAUAGAGUACUCUGCUGUGUGCAGAUGCAUUUUAUACACAUUAACGCAGAUCUGGAGUCUGGCAUGGCUAAAUGCAGCUAUAAAACAGGAACAUUCAUAGCUGCAAAAACCAUCAUAAGUAGAGGACUUUUUGGUUUUUGUUUUGUUUUUGGUGUUAGAAAAUUUAAUUACAAAUAAAAAAAAUCCAGUGAAUUUUGCAGAAAUACUGGUUUCUACACCAUCCUAAAGAAGUUGAGUGUUUGGAAUAGAAAACAAUAUUAAAAGUGGGGAUCUUACAUUGUAAAAUUAACCAGAGUGUCAAGAGUUCUGAAUGCAGAACUUAAUUGUGCAAUGAACAUAAGGAAAGACUACUGUAUAGCUUUUUUUAUUUUUAUUUUUUUUCUUUUAAAUGAAGAAAAGCUUUGCUUAAGGGUUGCAUACUUUUAUUGGAGUAAAUCAGAAUGAUCCUGCUCCAUUGGAGUAAAACUAGUGCUUACUGGUUUCCAUUUGUAUUUAGCUUCUGGUUGGAAUUUGGAAAAAAAAUGAAACCUAAAUAAAAUAGGUGAAAGCUU